UUUGUUUCUUAUGUUUUCCUUGUUAGCUCCAUGCAGUUCCAUCAUGCUGAGCUGCUCUCGACCUGACCCGCCUUCCCUCCUCCAGGCACUCGAACCAGUCUUCAACAUGAAAUCCAUCCGACCUGUCGUGAAUGUUUCAACCCCCACCAACGUCAGCAUUGACUUCCUUCUGUUUGGCAUUUUGGGGGUGGAUGAAAAGGCCCAGCUCCUGAAAACGUAUAUCUGGCAAAAAAUAAAAUGGAGAAAUGAGUUUGUCAGGUGGGACCCAGAACAGUGUGGUUCUUCAUGGAUUACAAUUCCAAGGAAUCUGCUCUGGGUACCAGAUAUUGUUAUCAAUGAAUUUAUGGAGAAGAACUCCGCUCCAUUUGUCCCAUACAGCUAUCUGUUUUCUAAUGGCUUCGUGUUUGAUGAACAGCCUGUCAAAGUGAUCAGCUCCUGCAUGCUCGACAUCUACACGUUUCCGUUUGAUGUCCAGACCUGCUGUUUAAGCUUCAACUCCUACUUACUCUCUAUGAGUGCUAUGCCAAUUGGCCUCUCAUCAACUGCAGAGGAUAUAUUUACAUUCUCUAAAGAAUUGAUGACAACCAAGGGUGAGUGGGAACUAGUUGGACUCACAACGAAGACAUACAUGCUACCGCAUAUGGAGGACGAGCUGUACCAAGAGAUUCGCUUCUAUGUGUCAGUGCGGCGCCGGGCUACCCUCUAUGUGGUGAACCUGCUGAUCCCCAGCUGCUUCCUCAUCACAGUGGACCUCUUCAGCUUCCUGCUGCCUCCCCAGACUGUGGACCGGUCCUCCUUCAAGAUGACCCUCAUCCUGGGCUACACCGUCUUCCUGCUCCUCAUGAACGACCUGCUGCCUAUUACUGGAAACACCAUACCUCUCAUGAACGUGUUCCUGAGUCUUUGCCUGGCUCUGAUGGUGGCAAGUCUACUGGAGACUAUCCUCAUCACAAACCUGAUAUGUGGCUCUGCUCACUCCUCUCCUGUCCCUCACUGGGUCCAAGUGUUUGUUCUUCACAUCCUCGGCCGCCUUGUACGGCUUCCUCCAAAGCCCAGAGAUCUUGACGGCACGGUCAUCCAAAAUUCUUCUGCACAAGAAAUGAAAGUCUCCUCUCUGGUGGCGGAGGACAGAGAGCCUCCAGAACAGAAGGGGAUGAGGACACUGGAUGAGGAAAAGGCCCUACAAGAGCUGAGGAGCCUGAGCAGAGACCUCCAGGCCGUCCGCUUUCAGGUAGAGCAACAGCUGGGCGGAAGCCAGAGCUCAGAGGAGUGGAUCCAGGUGGGUUUCAUCAUAGACCGCCUGUUGUUCCUCCUCUACAUCCUCUUCAUAUCAGUCAGCUUCUUUACCAUCAUCAUUGUCUGGGUGCGGUCAUACCACACAUCCUGAUUUUGCUUUUUUAGUGUGUUUUUGAAAUAUUUGUUGACAUGCUUCCUCAUAUUCCUUGUCAAUUGCUAAUAAUUGGGAAAUGGGAAGGUUGGUUGAAUUUAGCAUUUGAAAGCAAUGUUUAUCAAACCUCUGCUCGGAACUGUUCCCUUUCACAAUUCAUGUUAAUGUUUUGUGUAUUUACUUGUUUAACAUUAUCUUGUUAACAGUUAUGCUGUAGGGCACUGAGGCUCGAAAAUGAUUAGGUUAGGAAUUGUAAAACAUGUGUCCAUUCUUCUCUUGCAUUGUCAGUCAAGAAACACUAAUUCCACACUUCAAA